AUGCAAAAAUUUUACAAAGACUUUGGCUGUGUUGCAAAUAAUGAAGAUGACAUUUGCAAAUCAAGUUUCGAUUGUUCGGAAUUUUUGAAUAUACGUGAAAAAGCUCGCUAUCCGAAAAAAUGUUAUUUCAAGAACCGACUUUAUGACAUUGGCGAAUCAAUCAAUGAAGAAGAAACGGAGGGACAAUGCAUAUAUCAAUGUAUUUGCACUGAAAAGAUUGGAAAAGCAACGUUUGAUUGCGUUUUAAUGGAAUGCGGAGAUGAAGAUAUUGGGGAUUGUAUACAACAGUACUCAGAUCUCGGAAAAUGCUGUGGGGAAAUCAUUUGCGACCAACUAGAUACAUUAAAAACUUGCGAAAUGGAAGGUACAACAUAUCGUCUCAAUGAAGUCAUGGAACUACAAAACGACGAGUGCUACACUUGUCUAUGCACGGAGGAUUUUGAUAAUAGCAUAAUACCGUCUGAAAAUCCAAAUUGUGAAGAAAUAAAAUGCGUCUCUGCAAUUGAUUUCUUUUCUGACAUUCAAUCUGGGUGUGUUCCCAUUAUCCAUCGAAGAAAUUGUUGUCCAUAUGAAGUGAAAUGCCCGAAUUCUAAAAAAGACGCUAUUGAUCUGAGUUCAAGGUCAAAAGAAGAAAAGGAGGAAAAGGAAGACGCUGUCUGCAAAUUCGGCGAUUUAACUCUGAAACGUAAUGAAAUUCUAGUUCCAGAUAACCAAAAUGAUUAUGUAGUCGAAUGCAGCUGCAAAAUGCCACCCAUUUUGACAUGCAUCGGAUAUGAAAAAAUUUAA